AUGAAAGCAUUCCUGCUAGCUUUGGUCGCCGCCUUGGCCGUCGCUUCUCCACUUCAGGAACGGACUACUCCACAAUGCCCAGCUUCAAAGUGUGACGUUAGGGGCGAUGAACUUAAACUAAAGACCUCAACCCCGUACUGGACGAGCCGCGACAGUAAAUACACCACCAAGGCAGGGUGCGGUGCACGAUGCAAUCAAGACGCAUUCUGCAAAUCCUUUUCGAUCGGGGAAGGCUCCUGUCGUUUGUAUCAAAAGUCUAUUUCUUCUUGCGCUUCCCGUAAUUCCCAGGGUCGCCGAACUUUCAGUAACAAGUGCUGUGUGCCCCCAGUCUCAAACCCUUCUAGCCCUAUAUGUGGAAAGGUCGGUUACGACAAGGAGCACCCUCAGGCGUACUACAUCGAUAGAUCGGGGCAGAAGGCCACCUUACCAGCUUGCAAGGCUCUUUGCGCUUCCAAGGAACGGUGUAAAAGCUUUGCUUUUGGAAAACAGAGAUGCUUGCUCUACGAUGCUGUGCUCGCUGGGAACUUUAAAGCGGCAUCGGACAGUCACUAUACGUUCUACGAUAAAACUUGUUCAGUUCCGACUCCGAGCGUGAGCUCGUCGACUUCGACACCUCAACCUUCGUCAAGCUCGUCAGCUAUACCCACCAGCACGCCUACCCCCACUCCCACUCCGUCCUCCUCAUCGUCCGAGACUCCGACACCUACACCUACUCCGGAGCCUACCUCGGAGACUCCUACACCUACGCCGACACCAGAGCCUACCUCUGAGACUCCAAGCCCAACGCCGGAGCCCACCUCAGAAACCCCAAGUCCAGAGCCUACAUCCGAGACCCCGACCCCUACUCCAGAGCCAACUUCUGAGACUCCUACUCCCACACCAGAGCCGACUUCAGAAACUCCAAGUCCAACUCCAGAGCCUACAUCUGAGACCCCUACCCCGACUCCUGACCCAACUCCAACGCCUGAGCCAUCUUCCGAGACCCCAUCUCCGACUCCAGAGCCAACUCCAACGCCUGAGCCAUCUUCCGAGACCCCAUCUCCGACUCCAGAGCCAACUCCAACGCCUGAGCCAUCUUCCGAGACCCCAUCUCCGACGCCAGAGCCAACUCCAACACCUGAACCAACGUCCGAGACCCCAUCUCCGACGCCAGAGCCAACUCCAACACCUGAACCAACGUCCGAGACCCCAUCUCCGACUCCAGAACCAACGCCGGAGCCGACCCCCUCAAUCGCACCCCUUCCAGCAGGCACAAACGUGCUUCGUAAUGCGGGCUUCGAGGAAAUCACUGCGUCUGGGCCACAAGGCUCGAUGAUCGACUGGACGAACAUUGGCGGUGGUAGAGUAUACCCUAACCGUCUUCAAGUCGCAGCUCAUGGCGGGUCUACAUACGCCAUCCUCCAUUACUCCGGUUCCUCCGCCAAUCCGAUCCCUAUCAUGACACAGCCACAGACUAACCUCGCCACCGAUCGCCCAUACUCCCUCACCUUCUACUAUGAUCUGUACUCGAUGGUCCAGGUGUCGCUCUGUACACUCGAGAUUGCCCUAGGCAACGUCGUGGUAUAUACUAGAACGCUUACAACCGCGGAUGACCCCCGCCCAUAUAACUGGAAGGGCCCUGAAACGACCACGCCCAUCAUUCCGAGCUCACCGAACCAGGUACUUAGCUUCACCUACAGCUGUGUACCGAGUGGGGCGCCGCCGAAUGCCUACUCGUACAUAUUCCUCGAUGACUUGUUCCUGACAUAUCCAGCGGCCUGAGCGGGGCAGCCUGAUGAUUACUCUUCGGAGGACAUAGUUUUAUCUACUUCAAAGCAAUCUUCUUUCACUUCUUUUGUAUGUAUUUAAACUUCCUAAGAGAGUGCAGU